AUGAAUAAGAUAUCAGAAUUAUACAAUCAUUAUAAACGAAAUCGAUUUCAUAUUGAAUUUGGUUUUCAUGUAAGAAAUUUCAUUCAUGACGUUGCUUCAAAAGUUUAUCCAAUUGCAAAACUUAUCUUACCUAAUUUUCGAGCUGUUCAUUAUUUUUACGUUAUUACACUUGUAUUUUUAGGUUCAAUUUUAGUUUAUCCUGUAAAAUCAGUUCCUUAUAUUGAUGUUUUAUUCUUCACGAGUGGUGCUUCAACUCAAGCUGGUUUAAAUACCGUGGAUCUUAAUAAUAUUUCAUUAUAUCAACAAAUUAUAUUAUAUUUGAUCACCGGGUUAACAACACCAAUUUUCAUUCAUGGAUCAUUAUUAUUUAUACGGCUUUAUUAUUUUGAAAGACAUUUUGAUAAUAUCAAAGAGAAGUCUAAAUUAGAUUUCAAAAUGAGAAGAAAUGCAACAUUGGCAAGACAAAGAUCUUCUGUUUCAGGAGUCGGAUCAGUAGGUGCUAAUUCAACAAGAAUGAAUACUUAUACAAAUCAAGGUUUGGGAUUUUAUGACGAUGACCAAGAAAAAGAAAUUGAAAGCACUAGUCCACAAUCAUCACUGAUAAAUAAUAAUAAUUAUAAGAGUCACAACAACAAUAAUAAUAAUAAUAAUGUUGAGCAUUAUUCAGAACCAUCAGAUGAUGAAGAAAAUGAUUAUAAUAGAGAAAAGAAGCAUACUAUUUCAGAUUCAGCUCCUGCAACUUCAACAUCUGAAGGUAUUAAAUUUGGCGUAUUACCACAUCCACGAAGAAGAAAAUCUAUUGAUCCUGAAGAUAUGUAUAGAUCAAUUAAUAUGUUGCAAGAAAAACAAAAGGAUAAAGAAUCAACUAAAGGUAUACAAUUUUUCAACAUUAGUUCUCCAAGUAAAAUGAGAAGGUCAUCAACUGCAAAUACAAAAAAUAGUAAUACUAGUCACAAGGAUGAUGAUAAUGAUGAUGACGUAUUGGUCAUUAAGUCUCCAAAAGAGAUUGAAAAUUCUACUGAUGGUCAUAAUAAUACAAUUUUCAUUAAAAAGAAAAUGAUAAACUUACCAAAAGGAUCACAAAUUCAUUUUGUGGAUAAUCCAUUGAGAAGGAAAAAAUGGUUGACAAGCACUGGUGGUACAACAACUAGAAAACAUUACAAUCCUUGGGCAUCAAAAUUAAGAAAAACACUAUCGAAUUCAGGUAGGCGAAGGUUUUCAAGUAUUUCUCCAAGUGAAGAAGAAGAAAAUGAUAACAAUGAAGAAGAAGAGGACGAUGCUCUGAUUGAUUCAGAAGACAACAACUUGACCCAAACUGAGGAUGAACAUGAGGUAGACGAUGAAGAUGAUGAAGAAGAACAAGAUGAUGAUGAACAAGAUGAUGAUGAACAAGAUGAGGACGACGAGGAAGACAAGAAAGAUAAUGAAAAUGCAGUUGAUGAUGAAGAGGAAGAUACAUCACUUAAACGUGCACAAUCAAACUUAGUUUUACCCUCAAAAGAUGAAACGAGUGGUAAAAAAUACACCAAAAGGAGUAAUACAAUGGAUGUUACAAGUGAUCCUAUUAUUGAUGAAGAUAUAAUACGACGUAGGAAAAAGGUUAAUAAUAAACCGAAAAAGAAAAAAUCGAGUAAAUUCAAUAUUAAAAGAAUCAAGACUCCAGGAUUAUCAUCAACUGCAAAUUCAAUACAAGAAGGUUCAAUUCAAAAUUAUAAUACAAAUGAUUUACAAUCAAUCAAAACUCAAGAAACUAAUACAGAUUUAAAUAGAUUAUCAAAAACGAUGAGUGGGAAUUAUUUAUCAUGGACACCUACGGUUGGUAGAAAUUCAACAUUUAUAAAAUUAACUGAAGCUCAAAAGGAAGAAUUAGGGGGUAUAGAAUAUAGAGCUGUCAAAUUGCUUAUCAAAAUUAUAGUUAUCUACUACAUUGGUUUUCAUAUGAUUUCAGCCAUUAUGUUGACUAUUUGGAUAUACUGUAUGCCUUAUUAUAGAAAUUUAAUGAGUUCUCAAGGCAUUGUUCCAGCUUGGUGGGCAUUUUUCACUGCACAAUCAUCUUUCAAUGAUUUAGGAUUGACUUUGACUGCAAAUUCUAUGAGUUCAUUUAAUCAAAAUGCAUUUGUACAAAUUUUGACUUCAUUUUUAAUUGUCAUUGGUAAUACAGGUUUCCCCAUUUUUUUAAGAUUUGUAAUUUGGAUCAUGUUUAAAACCGCUAGACCCUUAUCAUUGUAUAAAGAAUCAUUAGGCUUUUUAUUAGAUCAUCCAAGACGUUGUUUCACAUUAUUAUUUCCUUCAGUUCCAACUUGGUGGUUGUUUUUUGUUUUAGUUGUUUUAAAUGGUUUUGAUCUAGUCAUUUUUUGUAUACUUGAUUUAAAAAAUAAAUCAUUAGAUGGUAUACCUACUGGUUAUAAAGUAUUAAAUGGAUUAUAUCAAGCUUUUUGUACAAGAACCGUUGGCUUUUCAAUCAUGGAUUUGUCUCAACUACAUGCUGCUACUCAAGUUAGUUAUAUGUUAAUGAUGUAUAUUUCAGUUUUACCAAUUGCCAUUUCAGUUAGAAGAACUAAUGUUUAUGAAGAACAAUCAUUAGGAGUUUAUGCAAAAGAUGAAAAUGGUGAAAAUGAAGAAAAUGGAGUUGAUGAAUCUAAACCAACAAAUUAUAUUGGUGCCCAUUUAAGAAAUCAAUUAUCAUUUGAUUUAUGGUUUAUAUUUCUUGGAUUAUUUAUUAUUUGUAUUGCUGAAGGUAAAAAACUACAAAAACAAGAAUUUAGAUUUUCUGUAUUUGCUAUUUUAUUUGAAAUUAUUAGUGCUUAUGGUACUGUUGGUAUGUCAUUAGGUUAUCCUGAUGUAAAUACAAGUUUAUCUGGUAAAUUUAAUGUUAUUUCAAAAUUAGUUAUUAUUGCAAUGAUGAUAAGAGGUAGACAUAGAGGUUUACCAUAUACUAUUGAUAGAGCAAUUAUGUUACCUGAUGCAGAUAUGAGAAAACAUGAUAGAUUACAAGAGCAUCAUGCAGCUAAUAGACAACAACUGAUGGAAAGAACAAAUACUUUAGGUAGAGCAGCCACCACAAUGAAUAAUUUAUCGGGUCCAAUUGAUGGUAAUGAUAAUAUAGUCACUCGAAUAUUGACAAAUGUUGGUAAUUUUAGACAAAGACAAAAGGAGAAAAGAGAGGCUGAAAUGCAUAGUGAAGAUCCAAAAUAUGUAAUUACAAGUGUAUCAAAUAUAUAA